AUGAACAGGAUGAACAGGACAGAUAGGAGAGCAGGGCUAGUUCAGGAGCCCGAACAGGACAGAGGGCAGGUUCAGGAACCCGAACAGGACAGAGGACAGGUUCAGGAGCCUGAACAGGAUGGAGGGCAGGUUCAGGAACUUGAACAGGACAGAGGGCAGGUUCAGGAACUUGAACAGGAUAGAGGGCAGGUUCAGGAACUCGAACAGGACAGAGGGCAGGUUCAGGAACUUGAACAGGACAGAGGGCAGGUUCAGGAACUCGAACAGGACAGAGGGCAGGUUCAGGAACUCGAACAGGACAGAGGGCAGGUUCAGGAACUCGAACAGGACAGAGGGCAGGUUCAGGAACUCGAACAGGACAGAGGGCAGGUUCAGGAACCCAAACAGGACAGAGGGCAGGUUCAGGAACUUGAACAGGACAGAGGGCAGGUUCAGGAACCCAAACAGGAUGGAGGGCAGGUUCAGGAACCCAAACAGGAUGGAGGGCAGGUUCAGGAACUCGAACAGGACAGAGGGCAGGUUCAGGAACCCAAACAGGAUGGAGGGCAGGUUCAGGAACUCGAACAGGACAGAGGGCAGGUUCAGGAACCCAAACAGGAUGGAGGGCAGGUUCAGGAACUCGAACAGGACAGAGGGCAGGUUCAGGAACCCGAACAGGACAGAGGGCAGGUUCAGGAGCCCGAACAGGACAGAGGGCAGGUUCAGGAACCCAAACAGGAUGGAGGGCAGGUUCAGGAACUCAAACAGGAUGGGGGGCAGGUUCAGGGACUUUAA